AUGACUUCCUCCCUCCCUCCGCUCGCGCAAGCGUGGUCAGGCGCCCUAGGCAGCGCAGCGGCCAACUCAAUCUCGUACCCUCUCGACCUUGUCGCUACCAAGUUACAAACGACGAGAUCACGCAAGCUACAGGGAUUGUCAGGCGUCUUACGACUGCUCAAACACGUUCUGCGUACGGAGGGAUUAGCAGGACUCUAUGACGGUCUGAGCGCGGAUACCGCCUCGACCCUGGUGUCGAAUUUCUUGUAUUUUUACUUCUAUACCCUGUUUCACGCUCUUGUCGCACGGCGUAAAGCCACCGCAAGCACCCCCUUCGUCCAGGCGGUCAAAGAGUCUCUCACCUCCCGAACCCGCCCUACCCUCUUAAGUGUCCCCGCAGAACUAGCGGUCGGCUUCAUUGCGGGCGUCGCCAGCCGUGCAGUGUCAACCCCACUCAGCGUCGUUACUGUUCGCAUGCAAACGGAAACCGAUGACGACGACAACGAUGACGAAACUCCAGCGUCCCAGAACAGGUCGCCGCAUUUUUCUGAGGUUGCACGGAGAAUCUACUCAGAGGACGGCCUCGCCGGUUUCUGGACAGGUUUCCAGCCGACCUUACCGCUCUGUCUCACGCCCGCUAUUACUCUUCUGCUGUUCCAACUUCUGAGUCGCCUACACAUCACCCGCAACAUUUCUUCCUCCCCAGCGCGCCCGUCGGCUUUCGGCGCGUUCCUAAGCGGUGCAACCGCCAACGCACUCGCCACCGCCAUCCUCUAUCCCCUGCUUCUGGCCAAGGUCCGCGUCCAAGCCUCACGCAAGCAACCUGGACGUACCGGGGCGAUGUCAAUGACGAAUAUAUGGGAGCAGGCGCUCAAGACGGGAGGCUGGGCGGGUCUUUAUCAGGGCCUUCCCGCGCAGCUCAUCAAGGGCUUCGUGAACCAGGGAGUGACCAUGCUCGUGAAGCAGCGCAUCGAACGUGCUGCAGUCAGACUCUACGCGAAAGCCCAGUAGACUACGGUGUCGGUUCGAAUUCUAGAUGCUGCCGCAGUGUAUAGCGGGUUUACUGCGGUACUCCAACUUCUUGGCGGCUGCCUUUGCGUGAUUCUAGCGGAGAACGCUGAACGCGGCUGGAGGAACUUGUCAAAAUCCGUGUUUAUAGUUCCGUCUCCUUGUCCCGUGGUGCGCCUUCGUUGCCGCAGCAUACUUACAAUGACAAC